GUCACACGAAACCCAAGAGGCCGAUGCCUCUCGUAUUCUCGAUCCCAGUUCACCGACAUCACGGUUACCGGCGCGAAAAGGGCAAAGGGUGAAGCGAUCGCACCUGCGUCGCCUCACGAAAGGAGAAGCAUUGAUUAAAGAUCAUUGUUUUGCUCAAUCAAUAAUUAAGCGACAUCACGGUAACAGUUGCGUUAAAGGAAUAAUUAAAAAAUACAAAUACAAUUAUUACUCAUGAGUGACGCGAUUGCUCGCUCUCAACUUUUCUGAAAGUUUCAUGAAUGAAAAGCCUCUCUAAAUUCGAGUUUUUUUUAUCUUUAUUCGAUUCUUCAUCUGUCGCUAACGUUCUUAAUUUUUUGGAAAAAUAAAAUUGAGGAAAAACUCAGUUUUUUCCCUUUUUUUUUUAACAUAACUGCGAUAGUAAAAACGGACUAAUUUUUUCGGGCUAAUGUACAUCCAUCAAUGUAGAUUAACUUUGAUUUUGAUUUAAUUUACUCUUUAUUCUUUUCUAGUUCUAAAAAUUAGAAACAGAUAAAGAGUAAAUUAAAAUAAGAUUAAAGUUAAUCUACAUUGGUGAAAAUGAACACGAGAUACACUAAUCGCGGCUCUUCUUGAUCCAUCGUGUACUUAUUUGUUAAGUUCGCGCCUGUUCGCUAUACCAAACGCAAAAAUUUGUUCGAGUGAACCUGAAGAUAGGCUCGAGCGAAGAUCGAGCGUGAUGAAAAAAAAAUGUCGACCGCGUUUACAAAUUUCUAAUAUACAUAACAGGGACUUCCUCUCCCUCCACUUCUCUCUUUCUUCCCCUCGUGUAUUCUUUCAUUAUCUCCACGUGGGCUCAUGAUCUCGUUAGUGUGCAGGCCGCCAAAAGCGUCGCAGUGAACAUGAGCGCGAACUCGGAGACCGGUGAUCAUCUCGACGAGAUCUACGACUGGGUCGAUCAAAUCAAGUUUUCCAGACCGAAGAAAAACAUAGCCAGAGACUUUUCCGAUGGAGUGUUGAUGGCGGAGCUGUUGAAACGCUACUAUCCUAAGCAUGUGGAUGUGCACAAUUACGUCGCCGGCAACAGUAUCGCGAAGAAGCUCGACAAUUGGAGCACGCUGAAUCGCAAGGUGCUGUCGAAGAUCGAUAUGAGGCUGGGGAAGGAGGCGAUUAAUCAACUGGCGAGUUCCCAGCCAGGCGUCAUCGAGAAAGUCCUCUCCGAUCUACGAGUUAAAAUCUUGAAGGAUUCCAACGCCGACAGAGAGUCCUUAUACUUUGGAUACGAGGAGAGUAAAGAUAAUAAUACUGAGGCGAUAAAGUCCGUGCUAAAUCCUGACGAGGUAGCGAACAAGACUGUCCCUCGACACCUCUUCACUCGCCUGAAACAAGAACUGCAGGAAAAAAACGACACAAUCUCCACGCUGCAACAGAAGAUAUCACAUCUGGAAAGCAUAAUGAAACUGAAGGAUCAACGGAUUAAUGAUCUCACGGUGCAGAUCACGAAGCUGCCCGUCGAGCGAAAUACUGCUUCUCCGCGUCCUCACGUUAUCGGCAGUGGACUUUCGAAAUCACGCAUUUCCACCAAGCUGUCAUAAGAAAUCUAGUUGAGAAAUGUGUCGCGUGUCCUCCCUCCCUCUCUGAUUACAGUUUUUAUAUAGCACAGCAUAGCUUAUUCUGUCAUUUUUUUUUACAC